CCUCCGUCGCCUCAGUGCUCGGGCAUGGCCGACAGCGCCAGCGAGAGCGAUACGGACGGCGCGGGCGGCAGCGGCAGCGGUGGCGGCGGAGCGCCGGGCGCGCUGCCUGGAUGCCCGGCCGGGCCUGGCUCGGCGGGAGGCAGCAAGGCGGGCGGCAUCGUGAUCUCGCCGUUCCGGCUGGAGGAGCUGACGAACCGGCUGGCGUCGCUGCAGCAGGAGAACAAGGUGCUCAAGAUCGAGCUGGAGACCUACAAGCUCAAGUGCAAAGCGCUGCAGGAGGAGAACCGCGACCUGCGCAAGGCCAGCGUCACCAUCCAAGCAAGGGCAGAGCAAGAAGAAGAAUUUAUCAGUAAUACCCUGUUUAAGAAGAUUCAAGCUUUGCAGAAGGAGAAGGAGACACUUGCAGUGAACUAUGAAAAGGAGGAAGAAUUUCUCACUAAUGAGCUCUCAAGAAAGCUGAUGCAGCUACAGCAUGAGAAGGCUGAACUUGAGCAGCAUUUAGAACAGGAACAGGAAUUCCAAGUGAACAAAUUGAUGAAGAAAAUUAAAAAACUGGAAAACGACACCAUUUCAAAGCAGCUAACUCUGGAGCAGCUAAGACGUGAGAAGAUUGAUCUUGAAAACACACUAGAACAAGAACAAGAAGCACUAGUGAAUCGUCUUUGGAAGAGAAUGGAUAAGCUUGAAGCAGAAAAACGAAUUUUGCAGGAGAAGUUAGACCAGCCUGUGUCUGCUCCUCCAUCACCAAGGGACAUAUCAAUGGAGAUAGAUUCUCCAGAGAAUAUGAUGCGGCAUAUCAGGUUUCUAAAGAAUGAAGUAGAGAGAUUAAAGAAACAACUCAGAGCUGCACAAUUACAGCAUUCAGAGAAGAUGGCACAGUAUUUAGAGGAAGAACGUCACAUGAGGGAAGAAAAUUUGAGGCUCCAAAGAAAAUUGCAGAGAGAGAUGGAGCGGAGAGAAGCUUUGUGCAGACAACUGUCAGAAAGUGAAUCCAGUUUGGAAAUGGACGAUGAGAGAUAUUUUAAUGAGAUGUCUGCACAAGGAUUAAGACCUCGCACUGUGUCCAGUCCAAUUCCAUAUACGCCUUCACCGAGUUCUAGCAGACCUAUAUCACCUGGUCUCUCAUAUGCAAGUCACACAGUUGGUUUUACUCCCCCAACUUCACUCACCAGAGCCGGCGUGUCUUAUUAUAACUCCUCAGGCCUUCAUGUGCAACAUAUGGGACCAUCCCAUGGUAUUACAAGGCCUUCACCACGCAGAAGCAACAGCCCUGACAAAUUCAAGCGCCCCACUCCUCCUCCUUCUCCAAAUACGCAGUCCCCACUGCAGCCUGGUCCUCCGCCACCGCCGCCGCCACCGCCUCCACAGCCUCCGGCCUCCCAGUCAGCCACUUUUCAACAUUCGAUGCAUCCUUCCUCUCAGCCUUAGUGCAUGUGCUCAGCAAAUCUGUAUUCAGAGUUGGACUCAUAACACGGAGCAGUUUACUACAAGCCAAAGGCUUACAAUGGUAUAUUGGGAUUUGACUUAUUUGCACUGAAGUAAUUGAGGCUUCACUGUUCAAUUGUGUUGUACAAGUUUGUCCAAGGGCUGCCUCCAAUGUUAGCACGUUUCCUACCUGGGAAGCACUUCCAUGUGGGAGAAAGCAUGAAACCUGUUUGUAGGUAAUCACAUGAAUACAUAGUGGUUUCCAUGGCUUUUUAUAAAACAAAACCAAACCUGGAAGUGCUUUUUGUGUAAGAAGUGUGCUCUAUUUGAAGUUGCUGUAAAAUGCAGCCGGUGUUGUGGAUCUACAACACUAAUUUUUUUAAAAAAAAAUCCAUCAGUGUUUUAUUUGAACUUACAUGUUAUGCCCACCCUCUGGCUGGAACAUUUGCAACUUUGUUUGGUAUUACGGCAUUAUGUUUUGCUGAGCUCCCAAAGCUUUGUGUUCCCCCCCCCUCCUCUGCCCCGUUCCCAGCUUCUAGGUUUGUAAAAUAAAAGGGACAGCUUUUUAUAUUUUUUCAUGACAAUUUGCAUAUAAAAUUACAGGCAUGAACUCCUAGAUAUUACAGUGUGUUUCAAGCAUAUACAGUAAAUCAGCACUACAUUUCAGUAAUAAUAAUUAAAAAAAAGCGGUGCGGCUUUUAGUGCAAAAGUGAAAGUCGGACACAUUAAUGCCCAAGCUCACUUUUUGUUUUAAUUGUAUCCCUUAAUUUUCCAGAGACAGCAGUUAAACAUACAUGACAAAUCCGUAUCUUUUCUCCAGUGUGUGGUACAGUCUGAAGUACAAUGUGGGAAGCCUGACUUGUCAGAGUAUAUAGAAUGUAUUAAUCCAUGGACCUUAAAAGUUGAUUGUUUCAUUUCUUAUUCACGUUGACCUGUAAAACUGUCCGUACUGUUGUUCUCAUCACAAUGAUCUUCUGUAAGUGUGGUUCUGCCAACAAAAUCCUUGUGGCUGAUUAAAGUGUACUCUCCGAUUUUCUGCUGUAGAAAAGCAAUUUGUAUUAAAAACAAAAAGCCUGGUCCCCCCCCCCUUGUUUAAAAUAUAUUAAUUGUGUAACACCCCCUCCUGAAAGUUUGAACCAAUAUUUUAACCAUUCAAAGAAAAAUCAGAAGAGAAUAUGAUUGAAGGGUGCACAUUAUAGCAGCAUAUGGGUAUAACAGCUGAAAAUGUUAUAUUGCUUGGUAGAAGAGAAACAGAUUACAGAGAAAGUUAGAUGACAAUAGCAAAUGCGUAUUUAGCAGCAUAAGCCGGUACAAUGUAUAAAGAAAUGUAUUCUGAAAUACAUUCUUUCCAUUCAUUUAGCACAAAUAAAUUGUUUGGUUUCACUUUGCAGUGGAA